UGGUGCGCCAGUGUGUAACGCUAUAGGCUGGACGGAGGCAGCUGUUGCCAUUAUUUUACUAGCCAGCUCAGAUACAUCAGCGGCUUCACCUUCCCUGGAAAAAAAAGAUGAAUCUCUCCACACCAUCAUAAACACACGAAACUGAAAAUAGAUUUAAAAAAAGUUAAAUCAAUGGUACAGAAAAGUAGUAUGUCCAGGACGCCUUCGACCUCAACCCAGGAGAUCCAAAUGGACAUGUUCGACCAUCAUCCACACACACAGGGAAAGUACGGCAAGAGGAAGAGCCGAUUUAAGCGCUCAGAUGGAAGCACCUCCUCUGACACCACCUCCAACAGCUUUGUCCGACAGGGCUCUGCAGACUCCUACACCAGCCGGCCGUCGGAUUCAGAUGUGUCCCUGGAGGAGGACCCUGAGGCUCUGAGGAAGGAGGCCGACAGACAGGCCCUCGCCACGCUCGAGAAAGCAAAGACCAAACCGGUGGCGUUUGCUGUGCGGACAAAUGUUGGUUACAAUCCCGGACCCAGCGAUGACGUUCCUGUGCAGGGCAUGGCCAUAUCCUUCGAAGCCAAAGACUUCUUGCACAUUAAAGAGAAAUACAACAAUGACUGGUGGAUCGGGCGUCUGGUGAAGGAGGGCUGUGAGGUGGGCUUCAUCCCCAGCCCGGUCAAACUGGAGAACACCCGUCUGCUGCAGGAGCAGAGGAUGAGACAAAACCGACUCAGCUCCAGUAAAUCUGGAGGAAGCUCCAGUCUGGACGUUGCCACAGGAACCCGCAGGCCCACCCCACCUGGCACAGUGGACACGUCCAAUGUGUCCUUUGACGUUGACCCCCUCGACCUCGAUGCUGAGGAGCCCCCUGAGUCCCAGGGUGACCCUCGCUCCCCCAAGGGCAUGUCAGGCAGCGUAACAUCCCCUCAGGCCAACGCCCACCGACUGCCCUUCUUUAAGAAGAUGGAGCAUGUUCCGCCUUAUGACGUGGUUCCCUCCAUGAGACCCAUCAUCCUAGUGGGGCCAUCACUUAAAGGAUAUGAAGUGACAGACAUGAUGCAGAAAGCGCUCUUUGACUUUCUGAAACACAAGUUUGAGGGCAGGAUAUCCAUCACGCGGGUGACAGCGGACAUCUCCCUGGCCAAACGUUCAGUCCUCAACAACCCCAGCAAACACACCAUCAUCGAGCGCUCUAGUACCCGCUCCAGCCUGGCGGAGGUGCAGAGUGAGAUUGAGCGUAUCUUUGAGCUGGCCCGCACCCUCCAGCUCGUCGCUCUGGAUGCAGACACCAUCAACCACCCGUCUCAGCUGGCCAAGACUUCCCUGGCUCCCAUCAUUGUCUAUAUCAAAAUAGCCUCACCUAAGGUCCUGCAGAGGCUCAUCAAAUCGAGGGGGAAGUCCCAGGCUAAACACCUAAAUGUGCAGAUGGUGGCAGCGGACAAGUUGGCCCAGUGCCCACCUGAACUGUUUGACAUCAUCCUGGACGAGAACCAGCUGGAAGACGCCUGCGAACACCUGGCUGACUACCUGGAGGCGUACUGGAAGGCGACGCACCCCCCGAGCAGCAACCCUCCCAACCCUCUGCUCAACCGUACCAUGGCCACGGCAGCCCUGGCCGCCUCCCCUGAGCCCGUCUCCAACCUGCAGGUACAAGUGCUCACCUCCCUGCGCAGGAAUAUGGAUCUGUGGCCUGACAUGGACGGUGCUGUAGCCAAUGAGGGGAAAGAGGAAGAACAUGCUCUCUGAAGUCCAGCAGAGAGGCGAGAGGGGAGGGAGGGAAGGGACUCCGGCAACUCAAUCUCAACCCAGCUGCCUGCUCUCUUUAUUCAAAGAAAAGUGCAUUGAAACCCUGUUUAUGCUGUAUAUAGAAACACACCUGACACAUUAAUGAGCCAACUCACAGCUUUUAGGACAGCCACAAGAAAGAUAGUCAGUAUGUCAACAUUUACGUCCCUGCGCUGUUUAAACUGUGAGACUCAAACCUCUCUGGACUACAGGAGUAGCUCAUGAGGCCCCUCUGCUGCUGGGGCCCCCCUCCCUCAUUUCGCUGUAAUCAAGAGUAAAAUGAUAUCUGCUGCUCCCCACCCUGCCCUCGUUAGCUCCGUGGCCUCCUUUCUCCUGCACUUUUUUUUGUUCUCUCGGAGGCUGAAUCCAGUUUGCUGUCCUCCUCCGUGUUGCCAUGGUACCACCCCUGAAAACAGCAAGUCAUGUCCGCCUCUUCAAACAGAAACGCUUUAGUUUGGUGGAGGCUGUUGCUCACACUCUGUCCAGUUGAAUCUUUUUAUAAUCACUUUAACAGAAAACUACUAAUCAGCUGUGUCUCUAUUCAUAAGUUUAAACUGGCUGCACAUUGAUUAUGAUAAAGAUGUUUAUGUCACCUGAGUGACUGUUGCACCAAAUGGCUGGAAACCUCUUUUAUGUCUUCCUCUACUGUUUUUAUUGAGGCUGUCAUUGUAGAGGCGGCAACAAAAACAAUACAAUUGCACUCAAAUCUGUUACUUUUUCUUAAUUUAUGUGAAAAGAUAUGUGAAAUAUGCUGCAGAGUUCAAUUAAUCAAUUCACAGUCGUACUGAUUUUGCUGCUCUUUUCUGCCAUGAGGUCAAUCCGCCAGAAGGUGGCGCUGUUGUAAUGAUAUUAUAGAUAUUCGGACUGCUUGUUGAGUAACUGCUUGUGUGUGUGUUUGCAGGUCAGUUUCAUAAUUUUAAACUGAUCUGAACUGAGUAGAACUAAUCUGUUUGACUAACUGAGUAAUGUCUGUAUUUGUUUUGUGUUAGGUGUAAUUUAGUGUGUGUGUGCACAAAACCUGGAAUGUGUGUGUUUUAGGGCUGCACAUUAUUUUGACUGAG